CCCGGACCAGCAGGAGGGAAGCCCCUCCCAGCAGAUCUUCGCACCGCUCCAUUGUUGGAGGAGGAAGCAGAGAGGAUCAAACAGUCCCAGUGGUCUGAACGAGCCCACUUCUGUUCUCAUGGACAUGAGGAGAACUUUCUGGACAGAUGGAGAGUUGAGGACGCAGAGGAGCUGACCGCUUCACUCCUCCUGCUUCUGUCUCUACUGGACCCCGGUUCUGUGUCUGCUGGACCCGGACCUGGCUUCUCUCUGCGCCAUGCUGGCCCUGACGCGCGCCCUGGCUCUGUGCGCGCUCCUCUGCUCCGUUCACGCGCCGUGCCCGCCGCGCUGCGAGUGUUCGGAGGCGGCGCAGACCGUGAAGUGCGUCUCCAAGGAGCUGCGGGCCGUGCCCACCGGGGUCCCUGCCUACACCAGGACCCUGUUCAUCACUGGGAACCAGAUCAGACACAUCGGUCCGGAGUCGUUCCGAGGUCUGGACCAGGUGACCACCCUGUCUCUGACCAACAACAGGAUUUGCGAGGUUAAAGCCCACACGUUUGCUGGACUGGCUCGACUGCGGUCUUUGGACCUGAGCAACAAUCAGCUGUCUGUCGUAGCCCCUGAAGCCUUCACAGUCCUGAACCAGUCCCUGCGGGAGCUCAACCUGAGCCGGGCCCUCUACAACCACUCGUCGGUCACGGACUUGGCCAUCUCUCUCCACUGGAGCUCCUUGGGGAACCUGCGGGUCCUGGACCUGUCCGACAACAGCCUUGUUUACCUGCCCCCUCGGGUCUUCUCUCACCUGAGCGGUCUCCGGAGGCUCCGGCUCUCCAACAACUCUCUGGUGGCUCUCCAGAACUCAACCUUUUCUGGCCUGGAGCACCUGGAGGAGCUGGACCUGACGCUCAACGCCCUGAAGGUGCUCCCAGAGGAGGCCCUGCGAGAGCUGGACUCGCUGCCACGAGUGGCUCUGCUGCUGCGGGGAAACCCGUUCACAUGUACCUGUGGGAUCGAGUCGUUUGCUGCUUGGCUCAACGGGUCACAGGAGCGAGUCCGGGAUGCUGGAAGCUUGCUGUGUGCCUUCCCUGCCAGCCUGAGGAACACGUCCAUCCUGUCUGUGGGCUCUCGGACUCUGGGCUGCUACCAGAGGGACUCCAGAGCAGAACUGGCCCUGCAGACCUCAUACGUGUUCUUGGGAACGGUCCUGGGCUUCGUUGGUCUCAUCUUCCUGUUUGUGCUGUACCUGAACAGGAGGGGCAUUAAGAAGCGUGUGUACGACCUGCGGGACGCCUGCAGGGAGGUGUGGGACGGAUACCAUUACCGCUUCGAGGCAGACUCAGACCCCAGGUUGUCUCAGGUCUCUACACAUGUUGAACUGUGAGACCACCAUCUCACCUGGACUGAGACUCUGUCCUCAUCCUUUAAUCAGUAGUUGAAUGUAGAAACAUCUGUACAGAUGUGUCUGUAGAUACCAACAGUCCUGGUCUUGUUGUUUGGGCCGUGCACCGUUUGUUUUGAGAGCAUCGUUUCAGAUUUUCUGCUUUUUGUUCGAAAACAAAGCAAACAAAAAGUGCCUGAAGGACUGGUUUUCAAUUAGUUUCAUGAUUUCAGUCCUCCUCUCUGAGCCCUCAACCACUACUAAAGGUGUUUGUGUUUGUCACAGGUUGGUUUCAGUCUUUGCUCAUUUUAGGAGCACAGAAAUCAGUUUUUAAAAAUGUGUUACGGAGYGAGAACAUCUAGAAACUGUAUUGUGUCAGUUAUUU